GCGAAAACCCUUUUCGAAUUCACCUAACACCAUAAAUUCCGCUUAUUUAACUUAUUAUUUACUAUGACAGCAUAAGGCGAUGGGUUAUCACUGUUGGCUUGCAAAUGGAAUUAUGGCGAGAGCGUGGCUUUGUUCCAGACUCGGAUGAGGAAGACGAAUUCGACAGUCAGCAAAGCAAUAAAUUAAGUGAAGGGACCGGAGAGACUUUGACACCCGGUUCACAUGGGGAUGAUGAACAUUCUACGGAGCACGCGAGUGCGCAUGGAAAACUCGGAUAUCAGGUGCAAGAUGGCCCGGAGUUCCAUGAUCUCUCAGUAUCUUGCAGCGAACGUUUCGAGAAACAGCAAACGGAUAGGCUGGUUGAAGAGGCCGGAAAGAUAACGGAAUCCAAUACGCAUAGACAGGAAUUUAUCACGGAGGAUCUGUAUCCCCUGGGAGACCAGGCACAAGAACAAGUGGAGGAGAAUCCCGAUUCUCAGAUCGUUACCCAGGGAUUUGGUAACGCACCUUCUGAGGGCGAUGAUCUAGACGAAGACCCGCUCCAAUAUGAUGAUGGCUUGAGUAAUUUUAUCUCGAGGGUUGAGUUACCCAGUACCAUUACUGGAAACACCACAUCUUCUUCGGAUGCCAUUCAUUGUUUCCCAUCAAGUACUGACCGGAGUUCCUCCCCUGAUGAGUUACAAUUCGAGGAACACUUCCGACCACGUACUCCAGCUAAAAAGGACUCGCAAUUCAAAAUUUCGAAGGAGGAUGGAGGGAAUGACACCGAAGAUUCGUCUUUGUCACCCGCUCCGUCGAAUCCGCAAACCCCGCCAUCUUUUCGAAAUCCGGGAGUAAAGAGAACGCUGCGGGGUCGGAAUUUCAUCAACCUCCACCCUUACUUAGCGGACAAGGUGGAAUACCAGAGAUGGUGUGCAAGUCACAAUAUACGCCCGAUUCGUAUAGCACCCGCAGACAGUGAUUCUAAUCGCCAGGAAGAGUCUCAAGGCCAGGAGUUCGUGGAUGAAAAUGCCCCUCCAUCGAGCAGCCCGGCAGCGUCGUUCCGGUUCCCACCUAGAUCUCCGUCUGCGGGAUCCAAACGAAAGAAAUUAACUCAGCCUACACGACCACUGCAAGAUUCCUCUCAGACAGGCAAUUCCAGAAAUGGCCCCAUACCUUCAAGCUCUACCAAAUUACCACUGUCGAGACGUGAUGCAAAUGGCUCCAACCGGAAGCGUAGAAGAAUAUCUCGCACUUAUAGCGGGGUCCGUGGAAAUGAGCCCCAGGCGGCUAGACCAAACCAAAUACAGGUCGUCGUUGACAAUCGAUUGAUGGGAACUCCGCCACUUGAACCUGAGGAUGUCUUCGAUGUUCCCUCGUCCUCGCCCCCGUUUGGACAAGAAUCACCGGUUAAUGGGCUUCAGAAAUCAGCCAAAUUCCGGUUCCCUCGUGGCGGCAGCCCUUCUCCGCUAGUCAGUCCGAUUUUACACAAGCCAGAAAGGACUGUAAAUUUGGAUGCAAUAUCGAUAGACGACUCACUGGGCCUUGAUCUUGAGACUCAUUCGAAAACGGGAAAUAACUCAUCACAGUCACAAUUGCUACCGUCGAUGGAAGAUGUUAAUGAUGUGGAAGAAAUAGACCCACCAGAAGUAACGGAAGACCUGGACGAACCAGAAGAUCAUGCGACUCUUGAAAUCCAACGGCUUAGGCGGAGAAUUAAGGGGGUGCUACCGGCCUCAUGGCCACGACUUGACCUUAAACAGCAACAGGAAAGGGAGAAGGCAGCGGCCGAGAAAGCAAGACUUAGCUACUUACGCAAUCGUCGCCAGAGCGGUAAAGGUGUGGCCCGGAGAAUAAUGAGAGAUAGAAGCAAUACCCAUAACCAAGGAAUGCGUUCGAAUGCUCUCCUCAUGCCUGAUGACUCAAGUUCCGACGAUGAGCCAACCCGUGCUGAUCAAACCUCGGGUGAAAUUCUCUCAGAAUUGAUGGACACAGGUGAUUUAUUUGCAGGAGACGAUGCUGAUGACAUUCCUGAAGAUAACCGUAUUGACUACAUGCUACCGCCAGCUCCAAGGAAAGCAAAGCAACGCGACAAGCAUCGCACUCUAGGGUUCAACCGCGAGAAACGCCCACGUUCUCAAGUAGCCUCAAUGUUGAGGCAACGCCCGCAGCACCAAGCGAGAAUAACAGAUACCCUUAAAAGACCACGCGUUGCAGCUGCGCCGCCGAAAUUCCGGCUUCCACGAUUAGGCAUAUUAGAUGUAACUGACGUAAAGGAUCAACCAGUUCGGGAGCAGCCGCAAUUUCUCCGCGUAGCAGCGCGACAAGCGCGAUCCCGCCGAAAUCAGGGCCGGAAAAGCCCAACAAGGACAUAUUUAAAACUUGGAACAAGACAAGACACUGAGGAUGCCAAUAGAUCACUAGCAGAAUGGAAGGCAGGCUCGCUUCAGCAGAGUAGGAUCACAGGCAAUCAUACAGCAAAGAGACCUCGACAGUCAUAUAAUAGCAGCGUGGCGGGCCAUAGCCAUAUCGAACGCAAUGAAAAUAUAGGACAUCAGGCCCGGACGGAUACGGUACACUCGCCUCGGACUGAUGUCGACGCCGGAAGUGCUAAAGGUGGCCAACUCAAACCUGCUUUAGAGUUGCAUUCAACGUCGCGGGAAGGAGGUCUAAACCCACAAAGCCCUUCACGCAGUCGACGCCAGGCUGGCCAGCGCUGGACGGUACGGAAAGGCGGUUAUGCGAUUUCAUCCCUUCGGCGAAAUGCACCCAGACCUGCACAGUUGGACCUCUCAGUGACGAGCCUUGACCGUACAUCAGGCUUUCAACGUUCACUUUCUACGCUCAACUCACUAUACAGAACUACAGCUUCGGUUCAGGGCAGAAACACCAGCUUACCACUGGCAAGGUUUUUAACGGCAGGUGUCGUGUCACAAAAUACCCAUUCAACGACAUCCCAUGAGCCCUCCGGCGCCCCUAAUGACGUUGUGCUCUCUCCCGAACAAGGCCGGACACGACGACCUCGUCAACGAAGAAAACGCCCUCCCCAGCAUCUCAAUGUGGAAAGUGUUGAAGGUCACCAGGCCAUCAGUGUUGAUAACGGUGCGGCAGAAACUCUUUCCGUAAAACCAAUUGAAGUCAGCGAAUGCCCUCCUCUAAAGGGUCUCAGGCCCUCCUCGGCGGUCUACACGAUCAAUUUUGACAUUUUCCCCCUCCCGGUUGGUACCUUUUUCCAUUCAUCGACAUUCAUUGGGAGUGGUGAUCUUUCGCGCUCCAUGAAGCUCUCAUCUCGUAACUUUGCCCAUGAUAGUGGCCGUGCUAUAAUACAGCACGCUGAUCAGAGCUACCAGUGGGGUCCAUGGAGCGAGACCGUAUCCUCGGAGCUUGGUGCUUUGCUGGAUAAGGUUUUAGAAGCGGCCAGCAAUUACGAAUGGUCCAAUGAGAGUAUCUCGCGUGAUUCUGUUGUAAGAGUAAGCCGGACGUUAGAUACCUUCCGUUCUAUUAUUGCAUAUGUGAGUGACAAACUAUGGUUUAUGGACCCAGUCGAUAGAUGCAUGUUUGUCGAUAGAUGCACAGCUCUUCUAUCAAAAGUAUCGGAUACGUUGCAAUUCUCAAUCGCAGUCAAUCCAUGCGACUCCACCACAGCUACACAGUUCCGCAUGAAAUUGGAAGUCUUAACUUAUGUAUUUGCCAAUCAAAUACGCCAAAUUGCUUCGCAUGAACUGAUUCAGUCUACCAAGUAUUUUGAAAUCGUUGGCAUUAUGACGACAAUUCAAAAUCGGGUACUACGAGGCGUUUUAAACAAUGCAGGAUUAGCAGCUAUUCAGCAGUUUCUGGCGGAUGUUAAAUGGCAGCAGAAGCGAGAGCCUGGAAUCAAAGACGAUCAUCCCUUCGUGGAAGCAUUUCUCGUUGUUCAGAAGAUAUUUUAUACAGACCCGAUGCUUUGCGGUACCAACCAAGAUCUUCUUUCGCAGGCCAUUAUGCCUCCAUCUUGCUCAAAUUUGCCCAAUGACGCCCGUGAAUUAGAGAAAUUAUGGCACGGAGUAUUCACGACACUUCCACUUUACGAAUUUGACGAGCUCGGAAUUUUCCGCCCGGGGCACCGAUUUAGAGAAACCUUCGAUCAGUGGCAGACGGUCAAGCGUCUGGUAUCGCCCGUUUUUGAUACUUACGCACUUCCUUCAAAAAGCUCUUCCCCAGCGUUCAACAAUUACUGUCGAGCGCUCUUCCACCGUUGUUUUUACUUGAUUGAUAGUUGGGGCUGGCGGCAUAGCAAAAUUAUACUAGACACCCUCUUCGAUUUUUUCGCCGCGAACUGGCUUCACAACCUUAACCAAGAGCAAUCCUUCGGCUCACCAAAAUUUCUAGACGAACUUGAUCGACAACCAACGCUAGAGAUGGAACCCAGGGAUAGCUGUUUCCAUAUCCUGCUCAAAACUAUAGCCCUAGGCCUCAAGAGGAUGACUGACCUAUACGAUAAGAAAAAGCUCCGAAAUUUUGCCUGGCGCCUGCUACCGAAUCAUGGCCGAGAGUAUCCAAAAGACCAACCUCUCCGCUUGGAGGAUCUUGACGCCCUACGAAACCACCAUGACCUUCUCUGUACGCUGUACUGGGCUACCCCUGACACCUGUCGACCACGAGUUGAAACUAUACGCAACCUUGUACAUCCCGCCACGGCUCAUAAGGAGGUGUGCAGCAUUAACAUUCAUUCCUGGUUGAGACUGGUUAGAUUCAAAUUAUCUACGGAAGAAGACAGUGCCGGAUUAAUACCUUUUGCUGAUUGGCAUGCUUCUUUUGUUGUUGACAUGUUGCAGCAGCACUCCCAUGCGCGAACUGAUAUAGAAGCCCAAGUCGCUUCAAAUUCAUUGUUUUCUCGCCAUACCGUCGAAAAGACUGUCAUUGAAUACCAGAAACCAAUAGAGUGCCUAUUAGACAAUGCCCUGGUCAACUUGAAAAUUGCAAUCGAGGCGGCACGAACUCCUGACCAAGCCAAAAUUCUACUGGAGAAACUCCCUUUUGCCAGAUUGCUCGAGCUUUUCAACCCCAGGGUCACCCGCUUAUAUGCACUCAUAUGUAAGACGCUAGACGUCAUGGUUGCCUACGCAAAUACUACCAUUAAAUCCAAAAUAUUAACAGGACCUACCGAAACAAGCGAUGAUAGUCAGGAAUUUGAGGGUUGGGCGGUUGUAGCGGAGUUGUAUGCGCAAGAAGGGGGAACACCCGGGGCAGCCCCGCCUGUUGAGCAUCUGAAUACCGUCAUUCGCCCUGUGUUAUCUCGCUUUCUCUCCACCUGUUAUGGUGAAGACCAAUCUCCAGACGACACGGUACUUCUUAAAGUCGCUGAUUCUUGGUCGUCGGUCGCCUAUACUCUUGUGAGUCACGGCUUACGAGAAUGGAGCAGCUACGUCAAUCAAUACAGUGAAGACUCCUGGGCUUCAUUAAGGGCCACCAACCAGACACAAAAGUUUUUGCCAUAUUUUCUCGCAAGCAUGAUCGAAAAGGACACGGAAUUUUUUACAGAAUGCGAAAACCAGGUAUUGAACCAUUGGGUGGAAUGCAUCGUCGAAAGGGGGUCAAUGCUGAAGUAUCAGCAUGCAUUGACUAAUGCCAUCAUGAACACCGAUGCCUCAAGUGCGCUCCUAAAGAAUCUUCCUUUCUCAAAAAAUCCGUUAAAGCGUCGGUAUGAGAUUACUCUGCAGGAAUUUUCUCAAAGAAGAUUGUCACUUAUAUCGUGCAUUCUCUCCAACAUGCGGGAACAUCUGUCGGAUGCGGAAGAUCUCAGUGCACAUGCCAUGCAAAAUACUAGAAGUCGGUAUCGCGGGCUCAUUGAAACAUUGAUGAACAAGAUGAAGUCAAAUUAUAGUGAAUUGGGCAAUGUUGAUUCCUCAGUGCAUUCCUCAUACGUCGACUUUGUACAUCGAGUUGUUGCAUUUCUCCAGCAACAUUCACAGAGGAUAUGUCUGAUUGAUCCUUUCUUCACAAAUCCAAGCACAUUUCCCCUUCCCGUGGAUGAUCCCAACUAUAUUGUCGGCAAGUUGAAGGGUUAUGCAGUUCGGCUCACAUCUAGCAAGGUUGCGAACGAACUCUUCACCUUUCUUCACCAUGUAUCUGAACGAGCGGCGGUUGACGGCCAGCAGUCGUACCUAGUUGAUCAACUCUACUCUGUCAUGUCAGAGUCCAAUGAGCCCAGUGAACGCCACCACCCCACUAUCCGUCUGUUUAUGCUCCGUUGCAUCCUCCCGGCUUAUGUGGAGAUAUGUCUCAUCGCUCCCGGGGCAUGGAUUGUAGCGCGGCCUCUAUUGCAGUCGUUAACGCGGGUUUUAAUGGGUUCGAUUGUAUUCAUCAACACAUGCGAUGUCAAGAACGUCUCCAUGUUUGUAGGGGCACUGAUCUGCUACUUUGAGGCAAUUGACAAUGCUCUUCGUCUUUUAGUAGAUCACCCUGGCCUGCUCGACGAACCCCAUAUUUUGCUUACGGUCACUUCUGUUCUCGAAACAAUAAUUACAUCACUCCCUGUGAUCGACUACCUCGACCGAAUUUCGGACCAGGCGAUCACCCUCGUCGCAUACGUGGAUAUCUUCAAACAGUUUAUGCUCUUCGCAGCCUGCACUCUCUUAAAUCCCGCGGACGCUGUUGGCCCCCAGACGCUUGACCUAGUCCUCACUGAAAGCGGCCAAAAAAGUAAUCAUUCUUCCGCACCACAUUUUUUUGCAGAUGCUCGCGGCUUUGCCGCCCGUGCCCUGCAAUCCCGGUUCCAGGACGGUUGGUCGUUUCAUAAUGGGAAAUAUUUCGUUCGCCCUGAGCAUACUCAGCAGAUAAAGGAGGUUGUCGUCAGUGAUCCCGCUUGCAGCUCGGUAGGCACCGCAAGAGCGGCAUUUCUCAAGACUGUUGAGAUAUAUUUCGGGACUAUGGAGAGGUUGAUGGCGUUUUCUUCUUCGUCCUUUUAGCGCAAUCAUGAAUUUAUGACUAGAUAUUUUAUGAGUUUGUACUGUACAUGCUGAUACGGAUUAGCGGGGGUAUGAAAUGUACGUUUGAUUUUUGCUUCUGCUAGGAUUUUUCCUUUUCAUCGGAUUGAUAGGACGACACGGAUUAUGAGCUAGACAUAUAUAUAUAUAUAUGUAAUAUACAUUGAUGAGCAAACCAAUUAUGGCCAUUCGGUUGUUUCUACAAACAAC